CCCCUAAACGAAUUCCAUGGUUAAGUCCGACGAACCGCUGUAUAAGAACUAAGCGACCUGGUUGGUUGAAUCUGCUUUGUACAAGGUAGCACGGACGUAUUCUGUAUAAGAACUCCACCAGAUACCCGACGAACGCUGAGCAGGUAGGAGGUUUUUCAGGGGAUGCCGCGUCGCGAUGGAAGUUUUCCAUCCUACAACCAGGAGCAAUAUUGCGCAGCCAAGGAGACUGGACUGGGAAGUUUUGCUAUCACCAAGGCGCCAUUGUUUCGCGAUGCCUUGGCUGGAGUCCGCUACUACUGGCCGUUGCGCUCGUUUUCCUGGGGAAUUCCCAAUUGUCCGCAAAUCAUCACAAUAAAGUCCUUUGAGUACAAGUUGCCCAGAUACCCGGUCGGACGCCCAGUCUUUAGUCUCGCCGUUUCACCCACGUGGGGGCAAGGAAGUCGCCGGGCUUAAACUUCGGGUCUCAAGAAAUCAGGCUGAGCCUCCCCAAACCACACGCCAAGACCAACACAAAACUUUCCACAUAAAACCUCAUGUCUACACUGCAACAAAAUCGCAAAAUCGCACACUUCUCCCAUCAUCAUGUCCCUCCUCACCCUAGCCUUCGCCUUCGCCGCCACCCUCACCAACGCCCUGGACCCCUCCUGCACCUACACAACCACCACCCGCCACUCCAUCCCCAACGUCCUUUUCAACUGGGGCCAAGCCUGGAGAGGCAACUGGACGGCCUGGAACGAAACCGUGCUCCCCAACGUCGCCUUCUACACAGACCGCAUCCCCAUCCCUUUCAACUCCCAAAUUUCUGAACCUUGGGAUACCCAAUUCAUCCCCAUCACCAACGCCUCCACUUUACGAGCGUUCAUCGAGAGAACACGCGAGGGAUUCGAUCGUUAUGGCUUUGUGCAGCAAUUUCAUUUCGUCGAGCCGGGGGGAGGCAAGUUGGUUACACGCUGGACGCUGAAUGCUACUGUGGGGGCGAAGAGUAGUAGUCCGUACCUUCUACAUUUCCCACAACUCCGAACAACAAGCAUUCAUGCUCGAAUGGCGAGGCAGGUAGCUCCUCCGACAUGUCUUGUGGUCCAAACACGAACCCUCUAG